CGCAGUUCCAAAAUUUCCAAAGACUACUUCCCUUCCCUUCCCAGCGAGAAGUGACAUGUUUAAGAUUGUAACAUGAUUCUUUCAUAAAGGACCUCCUACUUAACCGGAUAUGUCACAUUCUACUUUUCAAGUAGGCAAGCUACAGGACACACUGCCACAAGCCUGUGAAACAACAGAUUUGAGAAAAGUGUCAUAAUGCAGAGUGUCAAGUGUGUCCUUGUCGGAGACAGUAAAGUUGGAAAGACCUACCUAAUCUACACCUACAUCCACAAGAUCUUUCCUAAGGUGUACAUACCAUGUUUCUUUGAGACAUACAGUGCCGAGGUUCAUGUAGACGACCAGACUGUCACCCUAAAUAUUUGGGAUUCAGCUGGUAGUGAGGAGUAUGAUCAAUUGCGUACCCUCAGCUACUCCCAAGCGACUGUCAUCAUCAUCUGCUUCUCUAUUGAUAGCCCAACAUCCUAUGAGAAUGUCAAACGCAAAUGGCAACUAGAAGUUAAACACCAUUGCCCUAAUGUGCCUAUCAUCCUCGUGGGAACUAAGAGUGACCUACGUGAUGAUCAGGAAGUCCUGCAGAAACUGAGAGAGCAGAAUCAAACCACAGUCACCCAACAGCAGGGCACAGCGAUGGCAAAGGAAAUAAAGGCA